CUUCCUUUUCCAUCGAUGGGUGGCACUCCAACAAUUGUCGUCGUCUUCUUCUUCCUCUUCCUCUUCCUUCUGCAAUUAUUUUUUUUUUAGUAAUAUUAUUAUAUAUAUAUAAUAGCGCUUUCUCUCCCUCCUUUCUCUAUCUUCCCGCAACUUCUUCUUUGCUUUGCUCCACUCCACUAGCCAUCAUCGGCUCACCAACUGAAAGCUUAUCUAUCUCCAUCCCCUUCUUCUGUUCAAUCUCUCAGUGCACUUUCUCCUCCUUCCCCACUUCCCCAUCUCUCCCUCCCUCUCUCUCUCUCUCUCUCUCUCUCUCUCUAUCUGUUUCCAGUAAACCUAACGACCUCCGUACAGCAUAAAGCCUGCAAAUUUCCCUCUCAAUUAUUGGGCCUUCUUCCCACCCAACUCCUUCAAUACCAUCAAUUCAAUCCCCCCACCCUCUUUGAUUCAAUCAACAAUGCAAACAUACCCUCUGAGUUUGAGCCCUCUUCACCGAUUCGACCUCCCCUCCCUGAUCAUGGCCUCCGACAUUUGCCUCAGCAGCAUUCUUGUCGAGCUCGCUUUCUUGGCGACCUUGUGAAGCCCCGGUACUGGGUCCGUCACUCUGAGCUUUUGGGCUUUCUCCUACGGUAUCAAAGAAACCCUCUGCAAGCAAUGCCAGUCCCCCUCCGCCAUUGCCGAGUCUGAAGCUGCUCUGCCUCAACGGCAAUAUAUCAGGUGUUGACCGAGCCUUUUAGGGAAGCUGCUUCGUCAAAGGAUUUCACCUAGAGGAGUGAAAGCCAAUAGCCCGAGUCUUCUCUCAUAUUGCACUACCAAACGGGAUGAUAUCCCUAUUAAUUGAGUCCCCACUGUUUCCUUUCUUGGGUUAGCCCCAGAAAUUCAAUUGCCGUGUGCUUUUGUUGGUUGGUUGGUGAUGAUUUUGAUAUGAUUCAGACUUCCUUGAGGGGUAUUGACUGAAGCUGGCAUACUUUGUAAGUUGACUUUGUGGGUCUUUUAAGUGGAAACAGAAAAUCAAGAUUCUUGGCUCUUUGAGGCUGUGAGAGAGUGGCAAGAAGAAUCAAGAUUGCGGCCGAUCUUCCGUAUUCGGAGCAUCGAUGGGGCCUCUGAUUCGGAGUCUCUCGAUGCUUCUCCUUGCGCUGUCAUUGCUCGGGAUGUCUUUCACUGGGUCAGCCCAGAAUCCUGGGAACUGGAGCUCUGCCCGUGCCCUUGAUGCGAUUCUCCAAGACUACGCUUACAGGGCUUUUGUUCGUCCAAGGGUAAGGACUGGAGUCCCCUAUGAUGGGACUGCCCCUUCGAACUUGACCGGGAUCAAGAUCGCGGCGAUGAGGCUUGUGAGAGGGAGCUUGAAAUCUAGAGGGGUUAGCAGGUACAAGGAGUUUGAGAUCCCGAAAGGAGUUGGCGAAAGGCCAUAUGUGAAGAGGCUUGUUUUGGUGUACCAGAACUUGGGCAAUUGGUCUGAGGUCUACUAUCCUUUGUCCGGCUUCACCUACUUAGCGCCGGUCCUUGCCCUCCUCGCUUACAACGCAACAAACCUCUCAGCCACAAAUCUGCCUGAAUUGAAUAUCAUGGCGAUGCGAGAUCCCAUAAUGGUCGAUUUCUCAAGCAUGAGCCAAGCCCCCUCAGGAUCAACUCCUAAGUGUGUGUGGUUCAAUCUGCAGGGUUCGGUGAAUUUCAGCAAUGUGUCGACGGGAAACAAAUGUUCAACGACCCAACAGGGGCAUUUCUCGGUUGUUUUCGAGUCUGUCAAAGGAAAGGGGAAAUCAAAGAAGGUUUGGAUAAUCGUCGGAUCUGUGGUGGGCGGGCUAUUGCUGUUGAUUUUGUUGGCAAUUCUUGGUCUGUGUUCGAAGAAGCAGCGGGAAAAGAGGAAGAUUUCACGAAUGGAGAGGGAAGCAGAUGCAGGGGAAGCCCUAAGUAUGACUUCUAUAAGGGAUGCCAGGACCCCCGUAGCUCUUGGGACUCGAACACAGCCAAUGCUCGAGCACAAUUACGUGCCAUGAGACGCAAAAUUCUGUACAAUCUUCCUCGGAAUUCAGGUCUUUUGUGAAUCUCUUCACUUUUUUUUUUACUGAUAUAUAAGCACCUCUUUUAAUGGUGUCUGUGUUGCUCAUAUCUCUUACAUUCUUGAGUAGGCUAUUAUGUCCUAGCUAGGAUUCAAUCUUCUUCUUUUAUGCCUUUCGGAACGAAUUGGUUCUGUAAUUCCAUGAAAAAUUGAAUUCUGUCCAUGGACAAGGAAUAAAAGUUGUUACCUGCACAAUAUA